UUUACAUUUAUUAAAGUAUUUAGCAAUAUUUGAGCUCUCCUGAUUCUGUCAAUAUUUAAAACAUGGCCCUUUUCUAGUCUGAAUUACAGAGAAUUUCAAUUUGCCCAAGCAAUGAUAUUUGCCAUUGAGGAAAUAAACAACAGAACAGACCUCCUCCCAAAAGUAUCACUGGGUUACAAGAUAUAUGAUGCCUGCGGCUCAAUCCUUUUGGCUAUUCAGUCAGCGAUGGCUCUGAUGAACGGUUAUGAGGAAAGCGUGACUGAUGCAUCCUGCUCCAGACCCGCAGCUGUCCAGGCCAUCAUAGGGGAGUCUGGGUCUUCCCCAACAAUUGCUCUCUCAUCAGUAGUUGGACCUUUUUCCCUUCCAUUGAUCAGCCAUUUUGCCACCUGUGCCUGCCUUAGCAACAGACAAAAAUACCCAUCUUUCUUCAGGACCAUUCCCAGUGACUACUAUCAGAGCAGAGCACUGGUCCAGCUGGUUAAGUACUUUGGCUGGACGUGGGUGGGAGCUGUCAGGAGUGACAAUGACUAUGGAAACAAUGGAAUGGCCACUUUUAUCGAGGGUGCUGAACGAGAGGGAAUCUGUAUUGAGUAUUCUGUGGCUGUUUUCAGGACAGAUCCCAGAGAAAAAAUACUCAAGACAAUUGAAGCAAUUAGAAAAGGAACUGCAAAGGUGAUAGUGACUUUCGUGGCUUUUGGAGAUAUACUCCCACUGCUCCAGGAGCUGGCUCUUCAGAAUGUAACGGGUAUCCAGUGGGUGGGCACGGAGUCUUGGAUCACGGCCAGUAACCUGGUACAGAAAACAGAAUUUAAAUUCCUUAAGGGAUCUCUUGGGUUUUCAGUAAGCAGAAGCAAGUUAGAAGGAUUGCAGGAGUUUCUGAUGAAGGUCCAUCCAAAAAAGGAGCCAGGAAAUGCUCUUCUGAAGGAAUUUUGGGAGACAGCUUUUAGCUGCUCUUUUGAGAGCAGCAGUAAUGUGGUUAAUACAACUUUCUGUACUGGGUAUGAGACCUUGAGUGACCUGAAAAACCCAUAUACGGAUGUAUCUGAUGUAUCCAAUAAAGUAUAUGCAGCAGUUUAUGCAGUUGCACAUGCUCUGCACAAUAUCCUGGAAGACAAUGUAGGUCGCUACGUCAUCAACAGCAGCCAUGGACCCCAAUUCAGACCACUGGAGGUGCUUGCCUACCUGGAAAAGGUAAAUUUCACAACCAAAUAUGGUGAGCAGUUGUCCUUUGACAUUAAUGGAGACCCAGUAGCAAGAUAUGAACUGGUAAACUGGCACCUCACGGAUGAAGGAACCAUGAAGUUUAAGACAGUUGGACUGUAUGAUGCGUCUUUGCCUUCAAAUAAAAAGUUUGCCCUAGAUCAAAGGAACAUAGUUUGGGCUGGAGGACAAUCGCAGAAGCCCGGAUCAAAGUGCAGUGAGAGCUGUCCCCCAGGAACCCGCAAGGCCGUGCAGAGAGGGAAGCCUGUCUGCUGCUACGACUGUGUACCCUGUGCUGAGGGGGAGAUCAGCAAUACUACAGAUUCUAAUGACUGCGUUCCUUGUGAUCUGGAAUACUGGUCAAAUAAAAAUAGAGACAGGUGCAUAUUAAAGACAGUUGAAUAUUUAUCCUUUGAUGAAACUAUGACAAUAGUGCUCAUAAUUUUCUCAGUUUUUGGGGCAUGUAUAACCAUAAUUGUAGCUGCUGUGUUCUUCAUACACAAGGACACACCCAUCGUCAAAGCCAACAACUCUGAGCUGAGCUUCCUGCUGCUCUUUUCCCUGACCCUGUGUUUCCUCUGCUCACUCACUUUCAUCGGCCGACCCUCUCACUGGUCCUGUAUGCUGCGCCACACGGCGUUUGGGAUCACCUUUGUCCUCUGCAUCUCUUGUGUUCUGGGGAAAACAAUAGUGGUGUUAAUGGCCUUCAGGGCUACACUCCCAGGCAGUAAUGUCAUGAAAUGGUUUGGACCUUCUCAGCAGAGGCUCAGUGUCCUUGUAUUCACUCUCAUACAGGUGCUAAUUUGUGUGCUCUGGUUAACAUUAUCCCCUCCUUUCCCCAACAAGAACACGAAGUACUACAAAGACAAGAUCAUUCUAGAGUGUGAUGUGGGGUCAGCAGUGGGCUUCUGGGCUGUGCUGGGGUACAUUGGUCUCCUCUCUGCCCUGUGCUUUGUACUGGCUUUUCUGGCCAGGAAGCUGCCUGAUAACUUCAAUGAAGCCAAAUUCAUCACCUUCAGCAUGCUCAUAUUCUGUGCUGUCUGGAUCACCUUUAUCCCAACUUAUGUCAGCUCACCUGGGAAGUUCACCGUAGCUGUUGAGACAUUUGCCAUUUUAGCCUCAAGCUCUGGCUUGUUAAUUUGCAUUUUCUUUCCAAAAUGUUAUAUAAUAUUAUUAAAGCCUGCACAAAAUACAAAAAAAAACAUGACAGGAAAAUCUAUCUCAAAAAGUUUUUAACAUGCUUAAAGUACAGUAAUCAGUAAAAAAACAUAUGAAGAAAAAAAGUCAAGUGACAAACAUCCCACAAAUUAAAUUUUAAAACCAAUGGUUUAUUAUUUUAGUCAUAGAAAAAGUAUGCAGACGCUCCUCUACUUACGAAUGAGAUACGUUCCGAACGGCCGUUUGUAACUUGAAAUGUUCGUAAGUUUUUAUUCAAUAUCAUUUUAAGGGUAUAGGCAAGUACUGUACAAAGAACUAGGAUGCUGGGAGUUCGCACGCUACGCUGCUGUGCGGCAGUAGUAGCACCCAGAAGUUGUACUAGGUGGGACUGGCGUAGAGAAAAAAAAUUGAUGUUACGGACAGGAAACGGGAGCCCAAAUGAACCCAAUUUGGACUUACAAUCCUCUUCGUUCGUAUGUCUGAAAGCUUGUAAGUUGAAAGAUCGUAAGUAGAGAAGCGUCUGUAUUACUUAGUAAAAUAAGCAGUUGUCCUAUGAUUCCUUAUAAUCACACAAGGCAAAGUGUCUGAGGUGUUCCUGUGAUUUGGGUAUGUUUUACACAGCUCUGUAGAGUAAACCAUAGCUAGAAUAUACUGUGAUGUAUAAUUAUUUUCAUACCAAUCCGUAAAAAGAUCCACAUUGACAAAGGAGUUGGACUGACAAGACCCAAUGACAGAGUGGCUCUGCUUUUCACAGGCCAUACCAGGGGUCAUUAUCUGUGCCAGGCCAGGGAAGCACACUCCACACUACUAUGGCCCCCUCUUCAACAGGUCAGGGCAGCAGAGCCUGGACUAACAGUGCCCCUUCUUCUGCUUCUGUCCUGUACACUAUGGAC